AUGUCGUCCACAGAAUACGGAUCCGUGCCUCGAAGUGAUGAAGAAGCUCACACCGUGGAACAAACCCGCUGGCAAAAAUGCCGAAGCCAUCUUGGCAAGCAUGGCCAUCGUAUUUUCAUUGCUUGGUUCAUUAUCAUUUUGGUGGCUGCUGUUUUGACCUUGUCUUUCCACUUUUCCUUGAUUCCUUCCCAUCAUGAACAACCCGCUGAGGGUGAUGAUGAUUUGGUGAACAUGCAAUGCACAUCCGAUCGUAGCUGGCUUUUGACUUUACUUCUUUCCAUCUUCUUUGGUUGCUUCGGUGUGGAUCGUUUCUAUCUCGGUUACAUCUUUUUGGGUAUUCUUAAAUUGAUCACUGCUGGUUUGGGUGGUAUCUGGUGGGUCGUGGAUAUCAUUCUCAUUGCUCUUAAUGUCCUCACCGAUCAUCCCAACGGAUGCCAUCUCCAUUAA